UGGUAAUAAAGUGGGCAGGGCGUGCUACUGUUUACAAUCACUGAGCUGUCAAUAAUUGUACCGUAAAAACAGAUUUGAUUGAUAUUCCCACAGCAUAUGAAGAACCGAGCGAAUAAUGGCGCAAACUAAAUGACCAGUUCUCCCAUCCAGUGUUCUGAUGGCGUGGGUGUUCAUCAUGAACCGGAUGAGUUCUCAGGGUAGCUGUGCAGCCCAACGGAAGCGGAUGGCCCUGGGGGUGGUGAUACUCCUGCUGGUGGAUGUCAUCUGGGUAGCCUCCUCUGAGCUAACCUCAUACAUCUUCAAGCGGCAGGAAUACAACAAACCCUUCUUCAGCACAUUCACCAAGACCUCCAUGUUUGUGCUGUAUUUGCUGGGUUUCCUGCUGUGGCGGCCCUGGAGGCAGCAGUGCACUGGCACUCUGAAGCGCCCGCACUCUGCAUUUUUUGCCGAUGCGGAGGCUUACUUUGCAUCCUGCACCUCUGACACCACUGUGAACAGCUGUUUGAGUGAACCACUGUACGUGCCAGUGAUUUUUUUUUCUGCUGAACACUCAACUUGUUUAGUUGGAGACUGUGAAUCUUCAGCUUCCAAAAAGCACCGGGUGCGUUUUAGUAAUAUCAUGGAGGUGCGGCAGCUGCCUCCCACUCAAGCCCUGGAGGCCAAGCUGUCCCGCAUGUCCUACCCAGCUGCCAAGGAACAUGAAGCCAUGUUGCGCACAGUAGGCAAGCUAACCAUCACUGAUGUGGCCAAAAUCAGCUUCUUCUUCUGCUUCGUGUGGUUUCUGGCAAACUUGUCCUAUCAGGAAGCCCUGUCCGACACGCAGGUCGCGAUUGUCAACAUUCUGUCAUCCACCUCAGGCCUGUUUACACUCAUCUUAGCAGCCAUAUUUCCCAGCAGCAGCAGCGACCGUUUCACCUUGUCUAAACUGUUAGCCGUGGCUCUGAGCAUGGGAGGUGUUGCCCUUGUGAGUUUCUCCAGCAUGGACGACCCUGAUGAGAAAGGUGCCAUAGGCUCUUUGUGGUCACUGGUUGGGGCGGUACUGUACGCUAUCUACGUUGUAAUGAUCAAGAGACGUGUGGAUCGGGAGGAUAAGCUUGACAUUCCCAUGUUCUUUGGGUUUGUGGGUCUGUUCAACCUGCUGCUGCUGUGGCCGGGUUUCCUCCUGCUUCACUACACAGGCUUCGAGGCCUUUGAGCUUCCCAGCCACCUGGUGUGGACCUACAUUCUCAUUAAUGGUCUCAUUGGAACCGUUCUCUCAGAGUUCCUCUGGCUCUGGGGCUGUUUCCUUACAUCUUCUCUAAUCGGGACCUUGGCACUGAGUCUCACCAUACCGCUCUCUAUUAUGGCAGAUAUCUGCAUGCAGAAAGUACGUUUCUCGUGGCUGUUUUUUGUUGGGGCAGUCCCCGUCUUCCUCUCCUUCUUCAUCGCCACACUCUUAUGCCACUACAACAAUUGGGACCCUGUCCUGGUGGGCCUGAGGAGAGUUUAUGCCUUCAUUUGCAGGAAGCAUCGCAUUCAGAGAAUGCCUGAAGACCGCGAACAGUGUCAAAGCCUUAUUCCUCUACACACCGUCUCCCCCAGCGAAGGAAGCUUCUGUUCCUAAUCCAACAGUGAAACACAAUGUGGCGAAUGGGGAUCACACAGAGCUGACAAUCAAGUGUUCAGACACAUUGACCCACCCCAGUGCCUCAUGUUGAAACUAUUUAUUUUUCAGUAUUCAGAUGAUUCAGCCAUUUAUACAAGCUCUUUUUUAUUUUCAUAUUUCAGUCAUCACAGACCAAGAUUCUGUUUUUGCUUCUUUUUUUUUCUUUUUACUUUUUCUGUAAAAAACUUUGCGGUACUCAAGGUACUGUCACGUAACCAAAUGAAUCGGUACAUGUUGAACUUGAUCCUAAUGCUAACAGAGGUGGAGUAGCUUUGUGUGUUUGUUUGUUUUUUUUAAAUCUCAAUUAGUGUAAAGGAGUUCUCAUCAUCACUUGAGGAAGGGCAGUGUCUUGUACUGCAUGUCAUUAUGUUUGUCCAUCGGCCUUUUGAAGCCUCGCUGCUUGUUUGUAAGUGUUUCUGUGGAGCAGACAAAAUGCACAAUCAUAUGGCCAUGCCCAUACUCACAGAGCAAACCUAGUCUUUUCUGAUGGUGUUAGUGUCACCAAGGCAAUAUGUUAGUGAAACACCUGCAGUGUUGUCACCGAUUUCACCACCUGGAUCGGUAGAAGUUAGUGCAGUUUGGAGUCUCAUUGACAAAAUGAGUGAUUUUUGAGUGAACUCUGUUUUGUGAGAUCAUUUCCGUUAGAUCUUCAGGUGCUACUAAUGUUGUCCUGAUAUGAUUUGACUAUUGUCCCAUGUCUCUCAGCAGAGAAUACUCCCUCUUGUUUUUCCAGUCUGAGACUAGUCUUUAUUUUCUUCUAUGGAGGAAAACUUGAUCUGAUGCUGGAAGAAGAAUUGAAAUAACUUGGAUGAACAGGAGAGCAUCACAACCACUUUGUUUCUUGUUGUUCCUCUGACAGUGCUGGAUCCUGAAGACAAAUUGUGAUAGAAACGAUCUUUGUGCUUGAAUAUGAACUGACAACAAGCCUUCUGCUAUAAAUACUAUGUUGCAAUAACGGUUGUCUGCUUGAAAGAGCAGCUUCCUUUUUACAAUGACUGUAAAUAGUGUAGACAGUAGAACAGUAGCAGAGUAUUGAUGUUUUGUUCGUGAACUUCAGAUGACCACUACAGAUUUCUCUUCAGAUUAUUUAUCAAUUUGUAUUCAAUGUAUUAUUGUAAAUGAUUACUGCUAGAGGGAGUUCAUCAUUGCAUUGUCACAAAAUUCUCUUACAUUCCGCUGAGACUACAUCAUAUCAAUUUGGUUGGUACAUGUGAGCCUGUUUAUUUCAUAAACAAAAAAUUAUUUAUUUAGGGUUUGUGAUUUCAUGUGAUGAUAGAAGGCAUUGCUUCUAGCAGCCUUGGUAUCUGUCAUGUAAUUCAGGGGAUAAAUACUAUUUGAAGGUGAAAUGUCAGUGCUAUUAAAAUGUCGAAUGUGUGUACAUCUGUAUGAGUGCUUUUUUAUUGCACUCAGACUUAUAAAGUGGAGGAAGUAAUAACCAACCUGCGAGUGUAAAUGAACAGGUUGAGAAGUGCUCAAUGGAUACAAACUGGUUUGUUCUUGUUUAUUAUUGCACUUACUGUGUUGUUGCCAAUCAGUCCCACCUUCUACCAUGGUAGGGAAGUUCUGUUUAGCAUGACUAGUUUACAGGUGGUAAAAGUUCCCAUGUUGUCAGCAUAGACUUAAAAAAUGAAUUUAUCAUCUAUCAGUGGUGCUUGUUAAAUCAUGGGUAUGAUUUAUUUUUCUUUCUCAGGUUUGUCUUGUUUUUAUUAUCAAUUUCUUUGUC